CACACACAACGAGGGAACCCCAUCAGCUGGAAGUCGAGUAACAUUACAACUCUCAGCAGCCCCAAACUACUACAUUACACAGGCGAGAGAUUCAUAUAUUCUUUGAGGAUUUAACCCGCGUCGGAUCACGGGAUUUUUGCUCACCAACGUCAUCAUUUUUCUUUUAUCCUACGGUGACUGUUUUUGCUUUUUUUUUUUUUUGGAGGUGGGGGGGGGGACCAAACUGGAAGAGAGGCGAGCAUGGAGUAUUUCAUGGUACCAGCUCAGAAGGUGCCCUCUUUGCAACAUUUCAGGAAAACGGAGAAAGAAGUGAUUGGAGGUCUUUGUAGUCUGGCCAACAUUCCUCUGACCCCAGAAACAGCCCGGGACCAAGAGAGGCGAAUUCGCAGAGAGAUUGCCAAUAGCAAUGAGCGUCGGCGUAUGCAGAGCAUCAAUGCUGGAUUCCAGUCCCUUAAAACCCUCAUCCCACACAGCGAUGGAGAGAAGCUCAGCAAGGCUGCCAUCCUACAACAGACAGCAGAGUACAUUUUUACUUUGGAGCAGGAGAAAACACGACUAUUGCAGCAGAACAAUCAGCUCAAACGAAUCCUACAAGAGUUAAGCGGUUCGUCCCCCAAGAGGAGGCGUGCAGAGGAGAAGGAUGAAGGGAUCGGCUCGCCAGACAUCCUCGAGGAGGAGAAGACCGAUGACCUGAGGAGGGAGAUGAUCGAGCUGAGGCAGCAGCUGGAGAAAGAGCGCUCGGUCAGGAUGAUGCUGGAGGAUCAGAUGCGUUCCCUGGAUGCCCAGUUGUACCCAGAGAAACUGAAGGCGAUCGCCCAACAGCUCCAGGAGCAGCAGGCCCAGACACAGAGCCUUGUCUGUCUGCAGCAGCAUAAGCAGCUGGAGAGGGACCUUACUCCAGCCCACAGCCCACAGGUGUUGGCCCCUGCUACCCCCCCUGCGCCCACACACCACGCCACAGUCAUUGUCCCUGCACCUGUCCAACCUCCACAGCCCCAUCAUGUCACCGUGGUAACCAUGGGCCAGACAUCAGUUAUCAAUACAGUGUCCACAUCUCGACAGAACCUGGACACCAUUGUUCAAGCUAUCCAGCACAUCGAGGGCACCCAGGGGAAGGGUAGCGUCGGCGAGGAAGAGCAGCGGAGGGCUGUCAUUGUCACUUCAGGGCGCGUCUUGUCCGACGCAGCAGGCUCAGACACAGCCUCAAACAGCGACGGGCCCGACGACUGUUCACUGCCCUGAUUUCAACCCUGACGUGACGCACACCGUACACAUACACACAUCCAUACACAAACACACAGAUGCAAAUGGCCCAAGCAAACCAAGGCUACAGGAGGCUACAAAUCCACAUCACUCAUGUUCAGUGGACAUUAAUAGGGCUGGUAGACAGAUUGAAGCACUCGAUUUUUGUUUUUGUUAUUUUUUUAACUCUUACAUGUUGUACCGUGAUAGGCAGCCCGAAUAGGUUUACACUUAGAGACUCAUACAUGCAGUCUGUUCUGCAUUUUUCUCUGCUUAUCUAUAGCCCUCUGCUCUCUCAUUCACACACACACACACACACACACACACACACACACAAACACUCAUGCCUAUUCAUUACUCUAUAGAAAGGCUAUUAGAGCAACUUCUUCACUGACUGACCUAUAAAUGCUCCGUCAAACUGGAUACUAGAAAUUCAAUGUCUGCUAAACAUCUCCAUUUACCACCGGGGCUUUUCUCUUUAUUUGGCCCUGAAGCCAUGUGACUGAAAACAGGAGAAAAAGUCAAUGAAGAGCCCAGCAGUGUGGCGUCACCACCACCCACCACACCAGAGCAUUUUUUUUGCUUAAGGUGAACAUCCUUUUAACCUCCUUCUCUUCCUGACCCAUCUGAGCUGUUUCGAGAGACACUGUGAGCUAACAAGACUGUCUCAAAAGUUCCACCUUUCAGGCUUCUGGAUGAAAGAAUAUGUUAUUGUACUCUUGUGAAGUCUACUUUUUUUGUGUUUCGUUUCUCUAAGACUCCCUCAGCCAGCAAGUUAAAGUGAUUGUACUGGGGGGAGAAAAAAAAAAGCACGACGUUGACAGGAAUUUAAAAGCAGUUCACCUAAUUUACUGCUGACAGUAAAUAAAGCGAAGCACAGGAGGAGAGAGUGCACUUACUGGUUCACAACACAAUUUUGUUUUAUUUGUUUGUUUGUUGCCAUUUUUACUGGGCUGGGUUCCCAGUAAUCCCACAUAUGUAUUUGGCAUGUUCUUUUUACUCAUGGCCUGACAAAAACAAAAAAAUCAGUGCUUUGACAUUUCUUGACACCCUCCCCUCUUGAAUUUAAAGCACCUGGCUUGUUAAAUAAGCUAAUCCGUGGGCGCACUUGAGUGAGUUCCACUGGUGUGUAUGUGUGUGUCCCUCUUAGCAUUUUGAAUCAGCAAGGCUUAGCGGUGCCCCAGACUCUGGCAGUCUGCAACAGUACCGCUUUGGCUUUGAAAUUAAGGCGCGUGUGUGUGUGCAGCACUCACACAAAAAUAUGACUGACAUACAAUCACUUAUUUGCUCAAUCUUAAGGGCUUGUUUUAUUUAGCCCUUAAAGUGUAGUUUCUUGUCCAAAUGUUGGAACGUCUAUCAAAGCAGAGUAUGCUUCACAUAUGAGGAAAAAGCCCAGUGAAAUUGUUUGAAUGUGCCAUGGAGGUGACUGGGUAGACUACAUGCUCUAUGCAUUUCCUUACAUCAUUUGUUUUUUGUGCGCUUUAUGUGUAGUGUACCAUGCUAUUUACAUAUUCCUGCAUAGAUCUUACUAUAAAAUGUGUUUUUGUUUUUUGCCUGAAACUGUUGGAUGAUAGACAUACAGACAUUAAGACAUGUAACAGAGAGAGGCAGCAGCUUGCCUUACUAAUAGCUUGUGGGUGCAGGGAGGCACUGUAAAGCCAGCCUUAACACAGCCCUGGGAUCUGAGAAAUGUACUUGAACACUUGAUCUGGGCCUUUUGGUGGCCACUUUGGUUUUCACCACGCCAUCCCAAACAGGCUUGUAAACACCCUGGGUUUGUUAGAAAAUGAUUUUAAUCUGUUUGAGUUAUUUGUUUUAUUAUGUUUGCCUCAAAAAUGAACAGGUUGCUGGUAUACUAAUUACAUUUAAGCGCUCCUUAUAACCCCCCACCCAAGUAUUCAAAAUGUAUCUGAAUACUCUGAUUGGAUUUACAUGUAGAUUGGCAACCAUUUUUACCCCGAUUGUGUACACUACUUUUACUAGAUGUGUGGAAGAAAAUUCCACAAUCAGAUGUUGACAUUCCAUUAAAUUUUACACAUUUUCUUUCAUACCAGGUAACUUUUCUACGGUUUAACCUGGUAGAUAUAGAGAUUACAUUUAUAUUUAGGGCUUUUGACACAUCCCUGCUAUUACAAAAUUCCAUUUAUUUACAAUUUUAUUUUUAGAAUCACCUGCAUCAAUGCAUAGAUGGAGCUUUGAACUGCUGGACAGAUAAUGUGUUCAACUGAACACAACUCAUCUAUCAUUAUUUACAUCACAGAAUCGCCCUUUAAAAAAUAUUGAUGUCAGCUGCACUGAAAUGUGUCUGUAAAAUUAAAUCAUGGGACAUUUUCCCAGUACUUAUCAGUAUAAGAAGGGGAUUCCUGGAUAUUGAGAACAUAUUUUGCAUGCUCUGCUUAUUGUAGAGCCUCUGCUUUUUCCUCUGUGUAUCUGCACUUGAUAGUUUUUCUGCCGAAGCCCAGAACUGUUUUGUUUCCAUCUGUUUUACACUCUGUUCUGUGUGUUAGGAUACGUUACGUGGACAUAUCAGAUUGUCAGAUGAGUGGGGUGGGUCUGGGGAUCAUUAAACGGGGUCAAGAUUACAAAGCACUUACUGUACUAUACUGGAGUCCGCCUCUUUCUUUUGUAAAAAGAGGCACCUCCUCAGCUGAAGCUCUUGAGGUUAUGAGUAAAAACCGCACAGCUGUGUAUCCCCCUUUCCCUCCAUGUCCAGGCCUCCUACAUCUUGUCCUGUUUGCCCAUCGUAUAUUCUUUGUUCUUUUGCAGAAUCUUUUAUGCUGUCUUUGUUUAUUUGUCGUUGAUAUCUCUUGUCUCCCUUCACAUUUUGACGCUCCCGCUCCUUUGCCUCUCCUUUUGUCUGUCCUCUAUACCUUUUUUUUUUUCGUUAGACCUGUCAGUGCAUAUGGUCAUCAAAAAGCUAUUUUGUUUUUGUUUUUUAAGAGAAAUGUUUUGGGGAUAAAGAGGCUUGUGCCUUUGU